UUUUGAAGUACCUGAAAGAUUACAUCUGCGCAUAAACGGGAAACUACGCGAGCCGAUAAGCACCAGUUCUUGGGUGUCUCAAGUUGAGGGAUGUUGCAGCUAAGGUGCAAGUGCAAGAUGAACAUCUUGCUGCUACUGGCCGUAGCGCUUGCCAGUUACGAAUUGUGCCUGGCGGCAGAAGCCCCCGUGGCUAACACGACAACCGGAAAAUUCGUGGGUCUUCUUCUCAAUGUUUACGGCCAGAAGGUCCAUGCUUUCUUAGGCGUGCCGUACGCUAGGCCUCCUGUUGGAGAUAGGCGCUUUGCAAAACCGGUGCCGGCAUUGCCCUGGAAAACAGUACGUUCGGCAACAGCGUACGGAAGCAGAUGUCCACAAGAUCCCUCUGACACACACGAGUACGAUACCAUUAGUGAUCCAUCGAUGCGGGAAGACUGUCUUACUCUGAACGUCUGGACACCGCCAAGAGCUAACGAGUCUGUUGCUAACAAGUCUGUCAUGGUAUGGCUACACGGAGGUGGAUUCAAGAAAGGACAUUCGGGAGAAGAGUUCUACGAUGGCUCCAUUUUAAGUGCUACUCAGGACGUAGUGGUUGUAACAUUGAACUAUCGUUUAGGUUACCUGGGUUUUCUGAAUGCGCUUCAUCCGAACGCUUCUGGAAAUGUUGGGCUGUACGAUCAACUGUCAGCCUUGAACUGGAUAAAGGAAAAUAUAAAGGUGUUUGGAGGCAAUUCAUCCAGCGUAACAUUGUUCGGAAAGGGAGCAGGUGCAACAGCCAUUGCCCUUCAUCUACUGUCACCGCAUGGCUUUGGGCUUUUCCAAAGAGCUAUCUUGCAAAGUGCAGAUCUAGAGCUCUCUAAAUAUGUGGACAACAUCAAGACCGCCAUGGAGAAGGCUGAUGCUUUGGCUGUCGAAUUAGGUUGUUCCAGGAGAGGACACUCGCUUCUCACUGCAACUGAAGAUGUUCUGGAGUGCAUGAGGAGCAGGGACCCAAGAGAAAUAUUGCGAGCACAGUCUGACCUUCAACAUAAAGUUGGCCCUGCUCUCCCGUCAUUCGGCACGGACUUUCUACCCCAAGACCCGACAGCGGUGUUGAACAGCGCAGAGAGCCCAGCCGUUGAUCUUCUCAUGGGCCACAACGCAGAAAAGGGAAAAGAAGUGCUUUCCAACCUCUUCCCUUCAAUACUCGAAUCCUCCUCGCAGAAUAUCACGCUGCAAGACAUUGAAAUUAUGUUCCACGUGCUUGCGAACACGUACGGGUACUCAAGAACCAUUGCGGAGAAAUCGUUGGAGUUCUACCUCAGAGGCGUUGAUUCUUGUAUCCCGCAAGCUCUAAUUGAUGCGGCGAUAAGGUACUCUACGGAUUUAGCAACCUGCGCUUCAGUAUCGCUCGCAGAAGUUUUCGCUUCAACGGGAAGGAGUGUUUUCUACUACCAGUCAACGUACACUUCUGAAUCCAGACAGAAAUGGGGAGUCUCCGUCGAUACUUUUGGAUCUUGCUUUGCUUUUGGUGCGCCAUUCAGAUUUCCCGGGAGAUUUAACGACGUGGACAGGUCAUUCAGUCACGUCGUUAUGCACACAUUCGCUUACUUCGCAAAACAUGGGCGAGCGCCGAUGCUGAAUGGCUUAGCAUGGAUGAAGUUUAUGGAGUCCCAGCCAAACUAUUUUGAGUUUGACCCGUACAUGAUGAGGCCUCGAAAUCUUGAUACUUCAGGUUGCAAGUUGUUAGGGAAAUUCAUGUGAUCUUUACGAUUUAUCUGGAACUCGUCUGACAAUGGUAGUCAUUUGGCUUCGUUGUGAACCUAUUAUGAGGAACAGAACGUAACCAUUAAACGAUCUUCUUUUUCCCACGUG